AUGGAAGAAAGAUUAAAUCAAAAUGAUCAUGAUGGAAAGUAUAACAAAGAUAGCAACGAUAAAAAUUGCGGAAAGGAUGACAAUUUGUUUAAUGAAAAUGAAGAUAGUAAAACUAAUCCAACAGAUAUGGAUUUGAACUCUACUAAUAAUCUACCAACUCAGUUUUUAGAAAGUAAUUAGGAAAUCUUGAUUGCAGACGAGUUGUAUUAUCAUGAACAAUUUUAGACAAAAAAUGAAUUGAAUUCACUCAUAGAUGAUACUUUAAAUCAUAAAAGAAACUAUCACUCUACUUAAAGUAUUAUCUCAAACAGGUCAAUCAAAUCUCAUAGAUCAUUAAAAAAUAGAAUUUUUGGAUCAAUAAAAAAAGGAUCGCUUCGAGGAAGCAUGUUUUAACUAAGUGCAUCAGCAAUCGGUUCAGGUGUUUUAUCACUUCCAUAUAUUAUUGCUUAAAGUGGAUUUGUUCUUGGAUCAAUAAUGAUAAUAACUGCUUCUAUUGCUGCCAUAAUAAGUAUUCCAAUGCUAGCUAACUGUGCUGAUUAAAUAGGGGCCCCAACUUACACAUACCUUAUUUAAAAUGUAAUAGGUAGGAAUGUAGACAAACUUCUUGCAUGGUUAAUAUUUUUAAGUUCUAUUGGAUUUAGUGUGUCUUAUCUAAUUAUUAUUAGCUAGAUGAUAUAGGUUAUUGCUAUUAACAUAGGCUUUGACUAAAAUUUAAUUCAGAGCUCCGAAGUAAAGACUGCAAUUACGGCUAUAAUUGGGCUAACAAUUUUAUUUCCAGCAGGCUCAAUAAGAAAAAUGAGUGGAUUCAGAUACAUUACUAUCAUGUCGAUUGCCUUCUUAGUUUACAUUAUGCUUAUACUAUUAUUUGAGUUACCCUAGUAUGUUAAAUAAAACUAUGACGCUGAGAGACUUAUUUUUUUCAAAUUAGAUUGGGAUUUUUUUUAAAACUACUCAUUAGCAGUUUUUGCUUUUGCAUGCCACAUUGAUUUUGUCCAAAUAUAUGAAGAGAUGAGUGAAAAAAAUCCAUAAAGAGUUAGUAAAAUUGUUUAUCGUAGUGUUACAAUAAACACAAUUUUCUAUUUAAUUAUAGGCUUAGCAGGAUAUUUUUCAACUUACGAGAUGACAAACAAAAUUGUUAUUGACAGAGAACCUCUAAUUGGGCAGCAUAUUGAUUUGCUUUUAAUGAUUGGCAGAAUUAUGAGUGUUUUUGCGCUUUGUAUAGCAUUCCCCUUAAAAAUGAUUCCUCUUAAGCAAAUUUUGAUUCAUCAGAUGUACUCAAAAGAGCAUUAAAUGACAAAAGGAUAAAGUAUAUUGAUGUCUUUUGGAUUUGUAAUGCUAACUUCAGUAAUAGCUAUAAUUUAUCCAAAUAUUACAGGGGUUCUAUCAAUUAUUGGUGGCUUAUGCUCAGUCACAAUUGGUUACGUAUUACCAACCAUAUGUUACAUAAAAUUGAAUAGUAAAAAGCUCAGUAUUUUUAAAAAGUACUUUUAUAUUGCAUUUUUUGGAAUUCUAGCUUUUAUUGGAUAUACUUCUGUAAUUUUGAAGAUCAUUUAAAUCUUCUAAGUUUGA